GCUAUGGAUACGAGGCACCGUUUACAGUGAAUUGUCUGUUUACUGUCGCUCUCUUUUCAACCAUGGACUCAAAAAUGCUCAUUGAAAUUGUGGGUGUGCUUAAAGACUGCAGUUUCCACGUUGCUAAAAGCAUCGCCGAGGGACUAAAACAGCAGUUUCCUGCGGCGUUUCUGGAUCCAGAAAUUAGGCCACUUUUUGAAUUUGAGUGGCACGGGUAUCUCUGCGACAAGAAGAGGGAGCUGCGUGGUGAAGUGUGGCAGUACUCCAGCAGCCUGAUGUGCUUUCUGAACGGCCGUCUCCUCGGUGAUGAAAAGGAUCUCGCCAGCUGGGCCGAGAAUCAGUGGGGUUUCACUUUCGCCCGGCCGCAAGCUUUCUACACGAUUCUUGCUGAGGAGUACUACAUCGAACACCUCCAGAAAACUGGGCAUCAGUUUGUCUUCAUGGAUGUUGAGAUUGCGGGAGAACCUGCGGGGAGGUUAAUGUUUGAGCUCUUCUCAGAUAUUUGUCCAAAGACAUCCAAGAACUUUGAGGGUCUGUGCACAGGAGAGCAAGGACUGUCACAGAGUGGCUUCCCACUCUGCUAUAAAGGCUCUCUGUUUCAUCGGAUUGUACCCAAUGGAUGGGUGCAGGGUGGAGAUAUUUCUCCAGAGAGGAAAGGAAAUGGAGGCGAGUCAAUCUACGGGCUAAUGUUUGAAGAUGAGAAUUUUGCCAUUUCACACUCUAAGCGCGGCAUCCUGGGAAUGGCUAAUAAAGGUGCCCACAGCAAUGGAUCCCAGUUCUAUAUCACCCUACAGCCAACGCCAUGGAUGGAUAAGACCUAUGUUGCCUUUGGUCAAGUCGUUGAGGGUCUCGAUGUCCUGAGGAGGUUAGAAGAAGCUCCAACUUGCAAUGAAAGGCCCAAAAACUUUUACUGUGAGAGGGAUCUUCACUGAAAAGCCAAAUACGUCUACUGGACAGAGAGAGCCGCUAUGAUAAUAAGCUGACAGUUUCAACAGUUACUGGGGUUGUAAAAGGCAAUUCACAGGUUAUCGCAUAAUGGCAUAAAAACAAAUGAGCUUUUACUUAUGCUUAAAGGAAGUUGGGAAAAUGGCAUACAAUUAAAGUAUGAGAAG